AUGAAAUUAAGGCGCAGGAAAUGUAUUAUACCUUCGUGCGCCUCACACCAUAGAGUUGAUGAAAAUGAACCUUAUUGUUGUGCAAAUACGCAAGAAGAAGAAUCAGCAUGGUCACAUAACUCUGCUCACGUAACAUCACACCUAGCUCAGUGCUUUCCUCAUGCUAUGGUUGGACCACGAGCAUGGAUAGGAGGAUUCUUUAGCCGCUCGAGCAAUAAAAAGUUUGGAAGUGACAAGUAUCUUAACUACACCUUGACUCCUAUUCAGGAAGAAAGGCUGCAAAGACUUCAAGAACGGUUACGAGUACCUUUUGACGAGUUACGAACUGAUCAUCAAGAAGCUCUGAAGGCCUUGUGGGAUGCUGCCUUUCCCAAUAUUAAGCUUAGAGGCUUGAUCUCUGAGCAGUGGAAAGAUAUGGGCUGGCAAGGGGCAAAUCCGUCAACCGACUUCAGGGGCUGUGGAUUCCUUUCGCUCGAGAACUUGCUAUUUUUCGCGAGAAAUUAUCCGGCUACUUUCCAUAGGUUACUUCUAAAACAAGGUGGAGAACGCGCUAAAUGGGAAUACCCGUUUGCGGUAGCUGGCAUUAACAUUACUUUUAUGCUGAUUCAGAUGCUCGACUUACACUCAGAAAAACCAAGAUGUCUUCCUGGACUUAAUUUUAUUAAGUUGUUAGAAGAAGAUGAAGAUGCAUUUGAUAACCUCUAUUGUAUAGCUUUUGCAAUGGUGGACGCUCAGUGGCUUGCCAUGCAUGCUUCAUAUAUGGAGUUCAAUGAGGUGCUACAAGUAACAAGAACACAAUUGGAGAGAGAAAUGUCUUUAGAAGAUAUUAACAGGAUACACGACCUUCCAGCUUAUAACAUGUUGCAUCAACAGUGA